AUGGCCUAUACUGGCCGGACCCUCCACCCGAUCGCCGUCUUUUGGUUGUAUACAACGACAUUCUAUGGGACAGGCAUCCAUCUGAUGCAAACAAUUCGCCGCCUGGGUUGGACAUACGGCUUCUUGAAUGGAGACAAGCAUCAGCGAGAUGACAUACCUGAUGUUGGAGUGAGAAGAGUUGCAGCGGAACUGCUUUCUGUCCCGACUCUUCGCCUUGCCAUGUCAGUCUACCUAUCCUAUCGACCGCAGGAGCUCCCGCUCUCGCUCAGCUGGGGAUGGCUCGCAUUGAAAAUUGGGCUCUACAGCAUCACUGUGGACUUUUGGUUCUAUUGGUACCACCGCUUAAUGCACUCGGUGCCUUGGUUGUGGAAGUUCCACCGCACCCACCACCUAACGAAACACCCUCACCCGCUGCUCGGCGCUUACGCCGACCACGAGCAGGAGUUUAUGGAUAUACUAGGCAUCCCGCUCCUUGCGUACGGCACUAUGAAGCUGAUGGGAUUUCCCAUGUCGUUUUACGAAUGGUAUAUCUGCUACCAAUAUGUGGUCUUCUCCGAGAUCAUCGGACAUAGUGGCCUCCGGAUGCAUGGCGGCACGCCUUCUACUAUCAAUUGGUUACUGCAAAUGUUUGAUGCAGAGUUGGUGAUCGAAGACCAUGACCUGCAUCACCGGUAUGGAUGGCGAAAGAGCCAUAACUAUGGCAAGCAGACUCGUGUCUGGGACCGUGUUUUUGGCACUUGUCGUGAGCGAAUUGAAGGUCAUAAAGAUAACAUUGACUAUGUGAAUCGUGUUACGUUUCCACUGUUUUGA